AUGGACCAACCACUGCUGAGCGAGCUGUGUAGCAUCUGUCACAAUGAGGCUCCCAAAUACAAGUGCCCUCGGUGCUCUGCGCGCACAUGCUCCCUGGAAUGCUCCAAGAAGCACAAGCAGCGAGCGCAGUGUUCUGGAAUACGGGAUCCUACUACUUUCGUGAGGAAGAGCCAGCUUGCCACUCCUGCGGGCAUUGACCACGACUACAACUACCUGACCGGCGUCCAUCGGGCUAUCAAUGUCGCUGCUGAAGACGCAGAAGAACGGAGUGUAGAUGCUGCGAGUGAAGAUGGCAAGAGACGGCGGUAUCGCGAGCAUCCAGACUUCCGCGCCCGUGUAGCGGCCACUCGAGUUAUCAUUGAUAGAGCUCCUGAGGGCAUGUCCAGGCAGAGGAUGAACAUGUCCCGGUGGAACCAGAAGCGGAAAUGCAUAAUGUGGACUGUCGAGUGGAUUCACGCUGACGGCUCCCGAGACGUGAAUGGACGUGACAACGGAGUCUUCGACAUAACGCCGCUGUCCGAUGCCUACCACGCGCUCCUCGAGGGGAAAAUCAAGAAGCGAAAACGUCACUCUCUGGAUCUGGGAGUUCAGGAAUCCCGCGCUGCAUCGAACACCAACGAAGCCGUCCAACGUGGGGUGCAAAAAACUUCAGGGUCAACCGCUCCUAACUCAAACAAGGAUUCUUCCCAAUCGACAGCAACGCCUGGUCAGGCUAGUAGUCCGCUGGACGAUAUCCAAAAAGUAUCUGGACUACCAGCCAGGCUCCCGACUGAUGAGUCCACCCAGCCUAAGCCCGACACCUCCUAUGGGCAAGCGUCAAGCGCAUCCAUCAAAGCCGAGUCUCCUGAAGUAUCUGCUUACCACUUCUACCUCGUAAAACCACAUACAAGCAGCGCCCGGCCCGUGCUUAUCCCCAUCUCCGGGUCUCAGAGCCUGUUCGAGUGUCUCCGAGAACAGGUCGUGCUCGAAUUUCCGACCAUACAGGUACUCUCCGACACACCAAACUCACUACCGGACCGCUUCAUGCUAGAAUCUGACUAUCUAGCUCAGUCACAGGCGGAAGCGCAGGAGCUCGACGAGUUACUAGCGCACGUCAAGCAGCCGUUGCAAGACGAUAGCGGGCAUGUGGGUAGUGAUGGCGGAGGCAGUGUCCCGCAGGAUGUAAAAAUGAUUGCGGAGAUGCUUCAAAAAGACGUUGGCGGUAGCCGCUGA